UCUAACUCGAGAUAUCUUUAAUCGAUAAGUUAGCGACUACCAGCUGACUUCGCGCAAUUGAUAUAUAUAUACACGUGCAAUAACAAUAACCUCAAAGGUGAAAAGUAAAGGUGAGAACGACAGUACUGUGUUCCUUUCAAACGGACCGGAAAUUUAAUUGAGGUAAGAAGAAGAAAGUGAAAAUAGAUGAAAAUAGAUGAUGGCAACCGCUAACAAUCAAAUAGAAAGUAAGAAGAGCGACCCGAUCUUUUGCGAACUGUCUGCUAACGAUCUCGAACCUGCAAUUACUGAAAUUGAAAGCCUAUGCAUGGAGUGCGGCAAGAACGGGACUACUCGGAUGCUGCUGACGAAGAUUCCACACUAUAAAGAUGUGAUAAUUAUGUCCUUCGAGUGCGAACAUUGCGGCUAUCAAAAUAACGAAAUACAAAAUGGAGGAAAGAUAGCAGAGACGGGAAUCAAAAUAACACUCCAGGUGAUAUCGCCACAGGAUUUAAAUCGACAAGUAGUUAAAUCUGAUUAUACCAGUAUUUAUAUACCCAAUUUGGAGUUUGAGAUUCCUGCGCAAUCUCAGAAAGGAGAGAUCACGACUGUGGAAGGAAUAAUUAAUAGAACUAUUAGCGCAUUAGAGCAGGAUCAGGCUGAGCGUCGAAAACUAUUUGCAGAUACUGCAGUUGAGAUAGAUAAAUUCAUUACCAAAUUACAUGCAUUGAAGACACUAGAUGAGCCAUUUACAAUAAUUUUCGAAGAUAUUUCAGGAAAUAGUUAUGUGGAAAAUCCAAGAGCACCAUUUAAAGACAAUCAAUGCACUAUAACAUAUUUUAAAAGAACAGAAGAACAAAAUCAUAUAUUAGGAACUUACUCUGAUAAUGAAGAUGUUUUGCUUAAACGCAUAGAGGAAGGAGAAUUCCUCUUGGAAGAGAUUGAUGGUGAAGUGAUAUCCUUUUCUACCAACUGUCCAGAUUGCAAUAGCCCUUGCGAGACAAAUAUGAAAACAACAAAUAUACCACAUUUCAAAGAAAUUGUCAUAAUGGCCACACUAUGCGAAUCUUGUGGUCAUAGAACUAAUGAAGUUAAAAGCGGCGGUGGGAUUGAACCUCAAGGAGUGAGAAUCGAAGUGACGAUUACGGGCAAAGAAGACUUCAGUCGUGAUUUACUAAAAUCUGAAACCUGUGAGUUGGAGAUACCUGAGCUUGACUUAGAAGUUGGUCCAAACAUCUUGGGCGGUCGGUUCACAACCGUUGAGGGAAUCAUAGUAGCAAUGAAAGAACAAUUAUCUUCUUCUACAGUUUUCACUGGUGACACUAGUAAUCCAGAAGUCGUGAACAGAAUGAACAUAUUUAUCGCUGAGAUGGAAAAGGUUUUGGAUGGUAAAAAAAAAGUAACUUUAAUUUUAAAUGAUCCGGCUGGAAAUAGCUAUAUACAAAGUCUUUCCGAUGACGGACCCGACAACAAAUUAAACAUUAUCAAGUAUGAUAGAAGUUUCGAGCAAAAUGAAGAACUUGGUAUCAAUGACAUGAAAGUCGAAAAUUAUUAAAUAAAAUAGAAUAGAAAGUCUAAUAAAAUAGAAACACGAAUAUCAGAGGUUAAAGUACAAAUAUAAUUAAAGUAUAAUUAAAGUAUAAUUCAAUGACGAAACGCUCACAUCAGAUUACUGUCGUAGCAAUUUACUGUUGAAAUAACUUGUAUUUUGUAAAUAUAAUUUUUUAUUAUUUUUCAAGC